GAGAAGUAUUUCAAUGAGAAUGCACGAAUUCCUCUAAAGUAAAUUUCCCAUACUUCUCUCUAAAAUUGCAAUGAAUACAUCACUGGAAAAUAUAUAUAUUGUUAACAGAUAUAAUAGGAGACCUGAAUGUGGAUGGGAGACCCCGAGUAACUUCUUCCAGAACCUUUGGAUCGCAAUAUACGAGUGGUUUGGAUGCGAUGAUUAUGCAACUAUAGUAUGGGGUACCUCUAUAAUAGCAAAUCUCGUCUAUUGGAUUCCAGGACUAUGUUUCACGUUCAUUGAUUUGACAGGAAAGCCAGCAUUCAUUCUGAAAUACCGAAUACAAGAAAAUUCACCUUAUCCGAUUCCACUCAGUCGAGUUUUGAAAGUUCUGGCAGUAGUAUUUUUUAACCAAACAGCUGUCUUCAUCGCAACGCAGAUUUGUUGUUAUUAUUUGAUGGUUUGGAGAGGCUACGAAAGCGGAAGAACUCUUCCUACAUUCCAAAGACUUAUUCUGGAAUUUGCGUUUUUUAUAGUCAUAGAAGAAAUACUGUUUUAUUAUUGUCACAGACUCUUGCAUUACUCUUACUUCUACAAGUACAUCCACAAACGCCAUCACGAAUUCACGUCUCCAAUAGGAAUUGCAGCACUCUACGCCCAUCCGAUAGAGCACCUCGCCUGCAAUCUCUUGCCAGCAUUCUUCGGUCCCUUUCUGCUGGGCACUCAUAUAAUGGUAUACUGGCUGUGGUACAGCUUGGCAUUGCUGACGACUCUAAACGCCCACACAGGCUUUCAUCUACCGCUACUGCCAUCACCCGAAGCCCACAAUUAUCACCAUUUAAAAUUCACCGAGAAUUAUGGUGCAAUGGGAUUUUUGGAUGACAUCCAUGGAACAAAUAAAACUUUCCGCAACAGUGAAAUAUAUGAACGCCAUAUUUGGUCACUUAGCUUAGUUCCUCUAAAACAGAUGUAUCCCGCUAAAAAGAAAGAAGAGUGAAAAAUUAUUUGAAAUCAAUUAAUCAACAAUAUGAAUGAUUUUUCGAAGAUGUUUGAGAUUAUGUUUAUAUUUUUAUAACUCAAGAUCUUCAGUGAAUUCAAUCCUAUGUAAAGAGCUUAUGUCUUUAGAAUAAUUGAAUGUCUGAUGUCAGUUAUUUUUAAAUGUAUUAUCUUGAACUACAUGUAAAGAAACAAGGAAGGCAAUAUAUGUUUAAAAUUUAUCCAAUUAAAAAAAGUAUGAUGUUAAUUCUUUCGGUAAAAAUUGGUCUUACAACUUACCAGUAUGGCUAUAAAUAAUGAAAAAGAUGCAAAUAUACAUAUCAUUAAAAAAAGGUGCAAUAUUUCUUCUCGUAGAACCAUCGAAAUAACUCAAUGGAAUUUUAAAAAAUAAUAAUUUAAAACAGAAAGUCAUUCUAUUACAUAAAUUAGUCAUUUCUGAUGAUUUAACGUAAAUCCUGUACAAAUAUAUUAUUUGUUUUUGAAUACAUAACCAUCUAAUUCAGAAUUCGACAAAAAUAAUGAAGUUUUCCUGUUCUGAAGAGUUGCCAUGUAUAUUUAUAUAUAUAUAUUUAUAUAUAUAAAUAUAUAUAUUAUAUAUAUAAAUAUAUAUAUUAUAUAUAUUAAUUUUAUUAAUAUAUAUAUAUCCUAAGUCAAAAUAUGACCAGCAGACUCAACAGACCAACAACCAACUACUUGAGUUGAAUUUUGAAAAAUGAUUUUUCAUAUACAUAAAAUGAAAGAA